AUGGCCCGCGCUGCUCGCUUCCUCGCCGCGCUGGCUGCGCUCCUCGCCGCCGCCGCUACAGGCGGAGACGCCGGGCCUAGUAAAAUCGCCGUGGUUGGAGCUGGAAUCGGGGGCUCUGCCGUGACGCAUUUCCUUCAGCAGCAUUUCGGCCCCCGGGUGCAGAUCGACGUGUUUGAGAAGGGGACGGUGGGUGGCCGCUUGGCCACCAUCUCGGUCAACAAGCAGCACUAUGAGAGCGGGGCCGCCUCCUUCCACUCCCUGAGCCUGCACAUGCAGGACUUCGUCAAGCACCUGGGGCUGAAACACCGGCGAGAGGUGGUGGGCAGGAGCGCCAUCUUCGGCGGGGAGAAUUUCGUGCUGGAGGAGACGGACUGGUACCUGCUGAACCUCUUCCGCCUCUGGUGGCACUACGGCAUCAGCUUCCUGCGACUGCAGAUGUGGGUGGAGGAGGUCAUGGAGAAGUUCAUGAGGAUCUAUAAGUACCAGGCCCACGGCUAUGCCUUCUCGGGCGUGGAGGAGCUGCUCUACUCGCUGGGGGAGUCCAGCUUCAUCAACAUGACCCAGCGCUCUGUGGCUGAGUCCCUGCUCCACGUGGGCGUCACGCAGCGCUUUAUCGACGACAUCGUCUCUGCCGUCCUGCGGGCCAGCUACGGCCAGUCAGCAGCGAUGCCCGCCUUUGCUGGAGCCAUGGCACUAGCGGGGGCCCAAGGCAUCCUGUGGUCCGUGGAGGGAGGCAACAAGCUGGUUUGUUCCGGUCUGCUGAAGCUCACCAAGGCCAACGUGAUCCAUGCCACAGUGACCUCGGUGACCCUGCAGCAUACAGAAGGGAAACCCCUGUACCUGGUAGAGUAUGAGAAUGAGGCGGGCACUAGCUUCGACUUCUACGACAUAGUGGUCAUCGCCACCCCCCUGCACCUGGACAACAGCAGCACCAUCGCGUUCGAAGGCUUCGACCCGCCCAUUGAUGUCAUCCAGGACUCUUUCCAGCCCACCGUUGUCUCCUUGGUCCACGGCUACCUCAACUCCUCCUACUUCGGGUUCCCUGACCCUAAGCUUUUCCCCUUCGCCAGCAUCCUUACCACAGAUUUCCCCACUUUCUUCUGUGCCCUGGACAAUAUCUGUCCCGUCAACAUCUCGACCAACUUCCGGCGGAAGCAGCCUCAGGAGGCAGCCGUUUGGCGAGUCCAGUCCCCCAAGCCGCUCCUUCGGUCCCAGCUAAAGACCCUCUUCCGCUCCUAUUACUCAGUGCAGACGGCCGAGUGGCAGGCCCACCCCAUCCACGGCUCCCGCACCACUCUCCCUCGGUUCGCCCUUCACGACCAACUCUUCCACCUCAAUGCCCUGGAGUGGGCAGCCAGCUCCGUGGAGGUCAUGGCUGUAGCUGCCAAGAACGUGGCCCUGCUGGCUUACAAUCGCUGGUACCAGGACCUAGACAAAAUUGACCAAAAGGACUUGAUGCACAAGGUGAAGACUGAACUAUGAGCGCUCCGGGCGAGCCUGGGAAUGUCCAUCCCCGCUGAAGAUGGAUCACCCCCCACAGCGGCCAAGGCUGCACAAGCCACGCUCGCCUGCCCAGCCUCCUUCCGACCCCUCCCAUGUCGAGUGAAAUCUCUCCAGUGGGUCCAGGUGGCCUGCUCCCUGCCUCUCUGUCUUAAGGAUUCUCCGAGUGAUUGUUCCUUUUUAAGAGAGAGACUAAGAGAAGGGAAGGAAAUUCAAACCAGUGUAUUCAUUUUAUUUAUUUUUUUAAAGGAAGAAAUAAAAGUCCAUCUU